GCCGUCCAAAUGGUGGGACGUGCAAAUGAAUUCCAUCCAGCGCCCACAUUUACGCCGCCAGAGCUGCCCAAGCGGGUGCAUGUGCGCGGAUCAGUAACGGGUGACAUGACACGCGAUAGAGAGGAUGUAAACCUUAUAAGUCGCAAUGGCCGCCGUACGAACGGCACUGGUAACGGUAGUACAGGGAUGCAUAUGAACUCCAUAGCAGCGAAACAAGUUAACAAAGUGAAGCCAACAAUUAACCGACAACAGGUUGAAGGUCAGGUUAUAUCACCCUCACAGUACAAUAG